UUAAAAGAACAUUUUAUAUAUUUUAUUUUUGUGGAUAAUGGAGAACUUCAGAAAUUCUUGAUCAUAUCAAAGAGGACAAUAAAAACAUUGAAAUAUAGAAUUGUGUUCCGUGUUUGAUUAAUUAUUUAUCAAUUAUAAAAAUGUCUAAUACACUCGGAGGAACGGAAAAUCAGUUGAGCACCUCCAUUAUCCUAAUACAGGAAGGGGUUGAGGUCAGCAGUGUCCGAGACUCGAAUGACGCGGUACCAUCCGCAGUACACGAUAAUGUCCACAUCACUCCUAGUUAUAUUGAAUUUAAGGAAGCUAGCGAGGGGAUAACAUGUCGACAGCUUAUUACUAUCAAGAAUACAGGACUAAAACCAGCCUUUGUUAAACUUCGACAACCCUAUUCAAUUGCAUUCCAAGUGAAAAUACUAAAGAACGGAGUGAUGCUUAAUCCAGGAUUAAGCGUAUCCACAACUGUGAUAUAUUCUUUCAAGAGACCAUCAUUCUUGCGUGCAAUGAUUCCUAUUGAGAUCAAUGGGAAAAGUCUUGAUUACAGAGUUGUAUGUAAAUUAUUGGAAGAAGGUAUCAGUGUUGAACCAAAAACAAUUGAUUUUGGGAUUCUUGAUAUUGGCUACUCCUCUGGUAUCAAAGUAUUAACUAUGAGGAAUGAUGGCGGUAAAAGUACUAGGUUUUCAAUUGAUCUUGGUAAAAAUGAUUUGGAAAUUGCGGUGAAGCCAUUGCGUGGCGUCGUUACACCUAAUAGACCGGUUCAACUCACGGUCGAGUUAAUUGGUAUGCAGGAAGGCGUCUUUUACAGCGAAUUUUGGAUAAAAUCAUCACCAAACAUACGUAUUCCUCUGAAGGUUAACGUAAUUGCCCCAAAGCUUGUAGUUUAUCAUCCCAAUACAACCGGAGAUUUCACUCUCAUUGAUUUCUCAAUAGCCGUGGCAAAUACUCGAAAAUACGAUUCCUUCGUGCUAAGAAAUGUUUCUUCUCAAGUAGCCAGCUACGUGGUACUUGGAGAAAUAGAAAAUGAAGUGAAAUGCAUUCGAGACAUUGACCGUGAAAAGUAUCCUGUUUAUAAUGCUUUUGAAAUCCGACCGAUUCAGGGUCGUAUGGAUCCCAUGGAGGGGAUCAUUUUUGAAGUUGGAUUUACACCGACGACCAAGUUGUUACGAUGGCGGCAGAAAGUUAAAGAGAAAACUGACAGACCAGAAAAUGACUUCAUGGCUUUUCUCAGAAUCGUGAGGGUACACGUUACCGAGACCAAGAAUAUCCCGAGAAGCGAUGCGAUGCGAGAAGCACUUGUUAAUGAAAGUGGAACGCCAUCAUCUCAUGACGUUAAUGCUGGUUUGACAGUUAUGAACAUCUCUACAUCCUCUUCGUCUUCUUCGACGAUUAUGGAACGGGGUGUACACGACACAAUAAGACUCUGCCUUCACGGUGAAGUCGAAGAGGCAUGCUUGAAAUUCGAACCGGACAUAGUUUAUUUCGGGGAGAUUAGUGUCGAUGAAAUUUCUCAACGGGUUGUUCGGAUAUUGAAUCCCUUGAAAUUUGCACCGAUUCUUUAUCGUUUUGUACCUAAUACAGCGGUUCGUUGUUAUCCUAAACGAAUGGAGAUAAAAGCAGAAGGAUCCAUAGAAGUACUUUUGAAAAUGCGAGGCAAAGAAAAUGUUUUCUCACCGUUCAAGAUAUACUUUGAUGCUAUAGUAGAUUCCUAUGAAUCAACAAAGACCAGAAAUAAAAUAAAAUUAAAAGUGGGAACUUAUCCUGUACAGUGUGUCGUAAGCAUAAUAUUGUUAACAAAAAAUCUGCAAGAACCACAUGAUCACUCAAGGGGUAUUAGAAAACCACUGUUACCGCAGUUUCUGGAUACAAUGAAAAGCCAAGUCCCAGAAGAGCCGGACAGAGAAAUAUUAGAUAGACUCCUUCGUUUACCUAAAUGGAAAUACGAGGAUAUGUUUAAAACAGUGAAAUGCAAUUCUGGUUUAGAUAAAAAGGAGGUAUUACCGUCUAGUAUUAAUACAGAAGUAUUAAUACCUUUGUCCCCUUUGCAAAUAUAUAAUGUACGCGUGUAUCCUUCGAUAUUCACUUUUGGAAUGGUCGUCCUAAAGAGUCACAGUUAUCGACAACUGAUUGUUGAGAACAUGAAUGAUUUUCCAGUUAUGAUCCGUCUAACUAGCUUAUCCAGAUGUAUUUUCUUCCCGGAUGGAAAUGUAAUAAUUUUACCAGCUGGCGCGCUGGUCACUCGCCUGGUCGAAUUUCGCGCGCAUCAUAUUGGUAAAUUCAACGGUUACAUUGAUUAUAUUAUCAACGACAAUCACUCGUUCGAACUUGGAGUAAUCGCAGACAUUGUUCGUAAACAAUUGUCGCUUGAAACGCGGGAGGCGACGCUGGGUACAGAAUGGUUGAAAGAAGAAGUUUACCGACCGUUGGACAUUACUCUUCAGAUUAGAAAUAAAUUGAAUGCAAAAACAUACUUCAGAUGGGAGGUGCCCGCAACGUGUGGGUUUUUCAUCGAACCAGUGUCAGGCGCUAUUCGCGGGAAUUCUUCUUUAUUCUGCUACGCGUAUUACAAACCUCACGCGAUAAGAUCUCACAACACAGAGAUGACACUGAAGUGCGAGGGUGGCACUUUUCUUACAGUACGACUGAAUGUUCCAAUUCAGCUGCCAAAAGUCAGCUUCAUCGAGGAUACCAUAAAUGUCGGUAAAAUACCACUUAAUUUACCGACCGAAACAAUCGCAUUGUUGAGUAACGUUGACUAUGUCGAAGCUGCGUAUGAGGUUGAUGUAUCAUCUUUGAUGUACGGAUGCAGCGUGUAUCCUCUUACUGGUAUAAUAAUGCCUCGUGGAAUGGUUGGUCUUGAAAUUACCCUUACAUUCUGCACUUGUUUCGAUUUCGUCAUCGUGAUUCGUGUAACGAUACAAGGAUGUUUACACCUGCAAUUAAAAAUCAUGGGAAACGUAACUUUUCCACAAUUAAAGUUAUACCCUCAGUCGAUAAGUCUGCGACGAAUAAGCGCAGCUGCUUACCAGCAUUUUUUAAUAACAGCCACAAACGUUGGAACCACUAUGUUGAAGUUGAACUUCCUUUUGCAAGAUUAUCCAGAAUUUCGGAUUUCCCUUUCACCUGACAGAACAGAUCCUGGUUUAGGAAUGGGCAAUGUCUUCAUCAUGGCUGGUACCAGUCGUAGCCUUCAUCUCCAUUUCGAACCGAUCGAUCUGGCUAGCUACGCCUUCUAUCUUCCAAUCGUCAUUAACGACAUACUUGGUCCAGCGUUGGAAACAGAUCCAAGGACCCUUAAACCCUUGGAAUACCUGAAACCGUUUAAAAAAUAUUACGUUAAUUUAACGAAGGAUGAUCAACAGGACAUACCGUUGAAACUUGUUACAAUAUCUAUUGACUGCACGGUUGCUGGACACGUGGUCCAUUUUAGCAAGUUAGAGUUUCGUUUUAAUAUAUCAACAAACGAGGUCGAAGAAUUCUGUAUAGAGAAUCGUAGAGAGGCUAAAGAGAAAUCUAUUCGAAUAGAAACGAAUAAUUUCUCGGUACCCGAUUGUCCAUUUUCUAUUCAAUGGUCCGAUGGUAAAGAAGCGACGAUAACAACGGAUUCCAUCGAAUGCACUUUAAAGCAAGGAGAGAAAUGCGUUUUCCUAAUAGCGUUUCACCCGAAAUCGUCGGGAAACUUUAAUCUCGAAGCGCCGAUCUUUGUGAAUAACGAAUUAGAUGGGGAAAUGUUUAAUAAAUUGUCUCUGAACGGUGAAUACCCUGUGAGAUCCAUCGGUGCUUCGAUUUCAGAAAUUUAUUUCACCCCUGUACCACUAGAUGUAGCCAUUGAAAGAGGUUUGAGAUUGAUUGUAACUAACUUUGAAAAUGAAUCGACCAUCUUUGCUAAAGUAUCCACUCCUGAUUGUUGCACUGGGAUAUUUAAACAAGAAAUGUUGUCCAUAAAUUUUAUCAAUGGAAAUAGCAUACCAGCUUCUGAGUACACACAGUUGGAAGUGAAAAUUGUCUUCAAAAGUGAUACAUCCGUCUCUUUUCGCCUGAUUAUUGAAUUUUCUGAUGACAGUGGUUUGGCUGUCUGUCCUGUGAUGAUUUAUGCAACCGCUGAUAAUUGUUUAUUAACAACGCAUGUAUAUCUAAGGACACCUAAAAGUGACUUCGAGUGGUUCGCCGAUCAGGAUAAACGAAUAUCUCACAUUUCUAAACUAUCUGAUACUAUGACUGAUGAUGAAGAGUACGAGAAUGAUGGGCAGGCCUCGUAUUCUGCUAGACACAGACAAACUUCAGGACCAAGAAUAAGUAUUCUUUCUUAUAUUGAACAAUACAGCGAAGGUUCUGUGAAGAAAUUGUUGGAAUCCAGAUUCAAACUAUCACUAAAUAAAUCAGUGUUUAUGGAAAUGAACGAGCAGGACGCUUACUAUAAAUCCGAAGAGGACCCAAAGAAAUUUCAUUUGGAAUCGAGGCGUUCCUCGAAAAUUUCAUCGUUUUAUUAUAAAAAAUAUUUUGAACAACUGGAGUAUCCUUUCUUUCCUUCCAACAAUGAAAGGGAUGAUUAUGAGUUGCAUAUGCAGCAAACACUGGUCGCAGCAGAAGAAUGGUUAUACACCGGACCGUUUAAAUUCAAUUUUUAUCCCGAAGUUCCAAAUGGCAUUACAGUGUCAAUGUCGAAAUUCUAUCCAAAGAAGCAAGCACAGUUAAAAAGCAAAAGUCAGAAACGUCGCAGCUUUGAAUGGUCUUUCUUGAACGUGCUUGAAUUGUUAUCAGAUCAAACGCUUUACAACUAUAUUGAGAAACCCAAAACUCUACCAGACGACGAGGUAGAAAGAGCCCAUUUUUUGUUUCAUCAUUUUGAAAGUAUCCUAAAUUAUUUAUUAUUAAGCGGAGCUCACGUGUGCCACGUUUCGGCACAGUUCUUGUUGAGUUACGACGACUACGUAAUUGUUACAGAAAAUAUAAAAAGUAUGAAGAAAGUGCGAAGAUCAUCGAUAACGAUAUGGACGGGGACGGAGAAGCUGUCGCCACGGUUAUUCGAAUCGAGAAGCAAACAGUGCUGGCUAGAUGUAAUAUUACAAACGUAUAAAUGUUUUGUGCUUACAUCCAUAUCACAGAUCAAAGUUAGGAAAGAAUCUUUCUCGGUCUCUACGCCACCUUCCAGACGAUCUACCGUUCAUCGGGCAUCUGUAAUUACAUCGUCGCUAUUAAAUUUACCCAAACAAUGUGAAAUUCACGAUAGGAACAUUCGUGACAUGGUCGAUUUAUCUGGUGAUCGUAAAUCACGUACCAAUUGUUACUCUUGUCAAGAGAUAUUUUUAAUGGCGUGGCUGGAGUAUCAUUACGAACAGGAGCGUACUAAAGAAUGGAUGACGGAUCGUCGACUAAUAUUGAAUCCAAACGAGAGCAAAGACGUGGCUGAGGCACGUUCUAUUAGAAAUUUCGAUGCUGAUUUAGCUGAUUCUUUAGUAUUAGCAGCUGUCACAGCUGCUCACUGUCCUUUUCUCAUUGAAGAAUGCUUUAACAGUAUUUAUUUCUAUCCACAAAAUUUCGAAGAAAUACUGCACAAUGCCGUAUGCGUAGUAAACGCCUGGAGAAAAAUACGACUUGGCUUCGUGAUAUCACCGUUGGAGAUCGUGUACCCUAAUUGCAUAAAAAUGUUGUUGCUUGUUAUAUAUUUGUACAAGACAUUGCCAACGUAUAUUCCAAAAACAAAGAUCAAGUUCAGUUGCGCUUUGUGUGAAGUCGCCACGAAGCAGAUCAAUUUUUCAAAUCCAACCGCAGAUAACGUUGGUUUCCUGAUACUUUUAUUUGGUAAUAGCAAUGGAUUCUUCAUGACGGAAACCCCGAAACCAAUUAUACGGUUAGGCGCGCACGAGAGCGCCGUGGUGAAGCUAAAAUUUCAUGCUAAAAAGAUAAAGAAGACAAAAGCUCACCUGCUCUUCUGUGGAUCAACAAUUGGUCCUCAUUUUGGUAGAAAUCAAGUAUUCGUUUUAGAAGGUCAAGCUGAUACUUUGGGAAUAGCUAAUGAGUACAUGAUAAACAGCAAAUUGUACGAGGUGAUUGAUAAAAUAUUAAGUAUCAAUGUACCCUAUAAAGAUCCAGCUGAUUAUGAGAUAUGGAUGUCAGACGAACGACCAAGCAAACCCAGUGCUUUGAAGUUAACACGAUGGGCUGAUCUGCGUUCGAGAAAGAUACCUAGAAGACUGUUUUUAAAUCAAACAUUCAUUACAGUCAAAGAAGGUUCUAAUCACGGCAGUUUAUCGUUAACACUGGCAUGCAUCAUGCCCAUUGAUAGAGAUUUUUGGAUUGUAUUUCAAUCAAAAAUGGGUGAUUUUAUAAUCCAGAUCAGUUCACGCUGCAAGCCAUCGAUAAUCGACAAUCUUAUAAUUACAUUAGGCCUACAAGAAGAUCAGUGUACCUGUACGGACACGUAUACCGAUUUCAGUAAAUCUUGUCCUUUCAGUCUGAUGGUGCCAAUACCUUGUAAAAACAAGCAACUUUGGAGUUCUGUUGCUUAUAUGUUUCAAAAGGCUCUUGAUCAGCAGGAACGUAUAUUUUGGUCCCGUUACUUAGAUACUUACAUUGGUCUACAUUUGAUUCGUUGGUUAAUGGGAGGACACGUUACCAUGGAAUUUUCUCAUGUGUUUGACAGGACAGUUACUUAUAACGUAACAAUACCCAAGGCAGCUGGUAUACUUGAUGUUCCUAAAACAUUUACUAUAAAUGAUGUAAUGACUUCUACUCAGAGUGUUCCAAUGAAUGUUCACAUUGCACCUUUCACUGGAAGAUUGUUAGAAACAACGUUAACAUUAACAUCGGUUAAUGGUAAAGAACUAAGGAAAUAUACUGUUAGUUUCUUAAAGUAAGUGACAUCGAUUGGGAUUAGCUUAUAUUUAUAUUAACAAAACUUAUCAUGUUACAUUCAUGUUUUUUUUAUACAACUAAUAAUUAACAUUUGGUUCUUCUACAUUACUUUAUGAAAAUUUCAAAGAUAAAUUGAAAAUUGAAAUUCUUACAAUAAUACUAUACAAUUGGCGAGUGAUGAUGUUUCCAAAAUAAUCUGAUAACCCUUUUAAAAUAAAAGUACAAGGUAAAUGUAGAAUGAAACGUGUUACACGUUUGAAUAUUUAUUUCCAUAAUGGUGUGAGAUGUAACGAAUGUUGACGUAUGAAUAUUUUUUAUCAAUGGUUUACAUAAAAUAUGUUACAAUAAAUUUAUAAUCAAUAAACCGAUACU